UUGUCCGCGCCCGGCCUGGCCCAGCAGCGGGGCCCAGCGCGGCCUGGGGCGGCGGCGGGAGGGGCCGGGGCCUGGUCUGGGGUUGAGCGGGGCCCAGCGGGGAGGAGGCGGCGGCCCCGGCGGGGGCGGGGGGCAGCCCCGUCCCGCCGGUGGGGGCGCCGAAGAUGCGGCGGUACCUGCCGGUAGCCCGGCAGCACUUCCUGGCGGCGCUGGCCGGCACCAGCGUGGUGGUGAAGUCGCUGAGCGCCGCCGUGGUCCUGCUCUACCUGCUCUCCUUCGGCCUGGACACGGCCUAUGGCCUGGGGGUGACCCCCGGCUACCUCCUGCCCCCCAACUUCUGGGUGUGGACGCUGCUGACGCAGGGGCUGGUGGAGGAGCGGGCCUGGGGCCUGGCGGCCAGCCUGGCCACGCUGGGGGUGGCCGGGCGGCUGCUGGAGCCCCUCUGGGGCGCCCUGGAGCUGCUGGUGUUCUUCGCGGUGGUGAACGUCUCGGUGGGGCUCCUGGGGGCCCUCGCCUACUUUCUCACCUACGUGGCCUCCUUCCACUUCGCCUACCUGUUCGCUGUGCGCAUCCACGGCGGGCUGGGCUUCCUCGGGGGAGUCCUGGUGGCCCUCAAGCAGACGAUGGGGGACAGCACCGUCCUGAAGGUGCCACAGGUCAGAAUGAAGGCUGUCCCCAUGCUCCUGCUGCUUCUCCUGGCUCUGCUGCGCCUCACCACCCUCAUCGAGAGCAAUGUACUGGCCUCAUACGGCUUCGGGCUCCUCUCCAGCUGGGUCUAUCUCCGUUUCUACCAGCGGCACAGUAGAGGCCGUGGAGACAUGUCCGACCACUUCGCCUUUGCCACUUUCUUCCCUGAGAUCCUGCAGCCCGUGGUGGGUCUGGUGGCCAAUCUGGUGCACGGCAUCCUGGUGAAGGUGAAGGUCUGCCGCAAGACAGUCAAACGCUACGACGUGGGUGCCCCGUCAUCCAUCACCAUCAGCCUGCCAGGAACAGACCCCCAGGAUGCCGAGAGGAGAAGGCAGCUGGCCCUGAAGGCCCUGAACGAGCGGCUGAAGCGCGUGGAGGACCAGUCGGCCUGGCCUAGCAUGGAGGAUGAGGAGGAGGAGGCAGUGGUGGCAAAGGCUGACACUCCGCUGUUACCUGACCCCAGUGCGGCCGGUAAGGGCUCUGGCCAGGAGUCCAGCCUCAUCACCUUCCAGGACGCCCCAUCCCAGCUGUGACCGGCCAACAUGCUGCCCCCUUCCCCAACCCGUCUCCAUUGGAGAGCUGCUACCCCCCUCGUGUACCACCCACACAACCGGGACGCUCAGCAGGGAGCCGGGACUCCUCCCGUGGCAGAGGCAGGGGGGCUACCUCAUUCCAACGAUUUGUUGCCACUCACGGCCAGCACUGGCCACCCAGGACGACGAUGCUGCCGCCACUACAAAGACGGGGGUUCUUUGAGGCGCUCCCCUGGGCACAGGGCAGGCCAUGGCACCAGCAUCCAGGAGGGGGACGUGGGGCUGAUCCCUGCCCUGAGGCCAAUGCGCUUGCCUACAUGGGAGCAAAGUCAGCAGCACUUUCUCACGUCUCCUCUGCACUGGAGCUUGGCUGGAGCGCUCAACACUUAUUUCCUCUUUUCUGAAGGUAGUUUUGUCCCUAACCAAGGGAACAGGAAGGCUGGCGGGUUUCUUUCCUGAAUCCCUUUUCUGUGGGGAGCCUCCCCCUGGCCCCAGCAGGAGCUUAUCCUGACUGGUGAGAGGUUUGCCAGGCGAGGGGACAGGCUGCAGGGCAGGAGGGGGCUGCCCAGCCCCUCUCAGCAGUGGGCUGGCACUGCCAGCUCUGGGUUUUGCAUAUUGGGUGUUCUCUUCUGCCUCUAAGACAGCCCCACGAGGAGCCAGUGCCCUUGGCCACUCCCUGGCUAAUCCGUUUGUCAGAUUACACUAGAAGCUGGAAUUAAUUUUUAUGGUGGGGCUCUUGCUGCCUCCUCCAGCAGCAGGUUUUCUUUCCUGCAGGUAGAAUAUGGGGUCCCCCUUCUCUUUUCCUCUGUGUUGCUGGGCUUUUUUUUGUUUGUUUUUUUCUGGAUGGAGAGGAUGCUUCCUGCGACAGCCUCCUCACAGCUUCUGAUCCCCCAGGCAGACCCCAGCCUGAGAUGCAGGUCAAUGGUGUCAUGAUUAUUUUUUUAAAGGACCACAAAAGAAGGUUUUGUCAACCAGGAAAAACACAGACCUUUCGUUAUCAAUAAAGAGUUCUUCAAAA